AAAAUUUUCUUUUCUAAAUCCAUUUUCUCUAAAAUAGGGAUGGAGGUUGCGAGAGACACCUAGUGUACCAUCGAUCAUUCGAAUGGGAACUAGCUGAUUUGUUUGUGAGCGAAAACAGGUGUCACAUUGCACUCGCACCGCAUAUGAUGGCUUGCAGCAUAAGCAAUUAGUCUGCUUUGAAAACAGAAAAAACCGUGGGAGAAAUUUGGCGGGAAUGAGAAAUGGAGCCCCGAGGAGGCGGAGAUGGAGGUUUUAGCCCUCGCGCCACCGUAGAAGAUAUCCAGAGGAGGCUGGUUCGACCGUCGUCGUCGCUUCACUCUCUUCCACCGACGCCGUUUUCUCGCGGAAAAGCUGCUCAAGGCCGAAUUUCAUCGCAAUUUGAGGCGAAAUACAUGAGGCUGUACCAGAAUCGAGAAGCGAAAAAAGGAGAAACAGCAAGCAAGAAGAGGAAGCUCGAAGAUUAUUUGGAUCCGGUUCUCCUCUCUGCGGUUUCUUCGAAGAUCAGUCGGAUGGAAAAGAUUCCUAAGAUGACGGUAAAGCGAGAGGUUAGGGAUUUUGAGUGGCCUGUCAAUGAAUUGAGGAUGUUGAUGGAGGAUACGACAGUUGGAAAGGAGAAAAUUGAUGCUGUUAAUCUUGGUUGGGAAAAUAUAUUUUCCAAAAUCAUGCAUUUGAAGUAAAAGACAAGAAAAUUGGGUUUGUUUCCAGGAAAACGUUUUGCAGAUAGAGUCUUGCCUGCAGGUUGGCACCCCACAAAUGGAUGUUACUGACCUUUUAACUUGGCCACCACCAGGGACGAGGAUUGAUGCCUGCCCAUUCCUGAUGAAGAAUCAUCGGGAUACGAGAUUUGCAUUUGGUUCUCCAUCUUCCUUAAUACUCUGGCAGAACGUUUCUCUGGCCUUCUACCAAGUUUGUGGGCCUCUGGUGUCACUGCAGUACGAAAGUAGUCUCAUUAAGGCCUUUUACAUCGCUCUUUUGCCCUGCCAAUCAGAAAAUGCUCGGAAGAAAUG